CAUAAUAUCUGAAACCCCCGACGCCUCUUUCCUCCGCUCCUCUCCUCUCCUCUCCUCUCUCUCCUUAUCUUCUCCCUCUUCCUCUCCCUCGCUCACUACCAAUCAAUGGCGGCAGGGACGGCCUUCAAGCCCAUAUCCAUGGCCGAAGGCCUUCUUCCCUACCUCCCGGCCGCCUUCUUCUCUUCCAAACCCACUCUCGCCCACCUCCCAUUGCUCCGCUCCUCCAGGCCCUUACCCUUCCUCCACCUCUCCUGCUCGCGCUCAUCUUCAUCGAUCUCCCUUAGAAGGAAGCUCCCUUUGCUCCCCCUUGUGGCCCAGACUUCCGACUGGGCUAGCCAGGAGGAGGAGGAGCAGGAGGCGAGCGAGGUCGAGGACCGCGGUUUUGGCUUGGAAGGGUUCGACGAGGGGGAUGAACCUGGGCUCUCGGAGUUGGAAGGAGAGGAGGUGCAGGCGGAGGACAGUGGGGUGGUCGCCCAGGGGGAGGGCGAGUUUGUCGAGGGAGAAGAGGAGGAGGAGGAGGAGGAAGCUUAUGUCGAGCCACCCGAGGAGGCUAAGCUCUUCGUUGGGAACCUCCCCUACGACUUCGACAGCGAGAAGCUCGCGCAUCUCUUCGAAGAGGCUGGCGUCGUCGAGGUCGCCGAGGUGAUAUACAAUCGACAGACAGAUCAGAGUCGUGGGUUUGGAUUUGUGACCAUGAGCACUAUUGAAGAAGCAGAGAAAGCCGUGGAGAUGUUCCAUCGUUAUGAAGUUAGCGGCAGGCUUUUGACUGUAAACAAAGCAGCUCCUAGAGGGGCUCGUGUGGAAAGACCACGGGAAUUUGAGCCUUCUUUUAGAAUCUAUGUCGGCAAUCUGCCUUGGCAAGUGGAUGAUGGCCGCUUGGAGCAAGUAUUUAGUGAACAUGGUAAAGUAUUGGAUGCAAGGGUGGUAUAUGAUAGAGAGACUGGACGGUCACGUGGUUUUGGCUUUGUAAAAAUGGCAUCACAGGCUGAAAUGGAUGAUGCAAUUGCCGCACUUGAUGGACAGAGUAUGGAUGGUCGAGCAUUAAGAGUUAAUGUUGCUGAGGAGAGGCCAAGAAGCGCUGCCAUCUUUUGAUAACGGAAAAACCGACUCUCUUUAUCUGACAAAUUGUCGACAAGAUCAAAUUACUUUCACAUGAGUUCUUUUGUCUACUUUACUAGCUUGUGCCUUUGGUUCUUUCUCUUUUCUCGUUACUUCUGCUGACUAUUCGGGCGACUAUUACUGGGCAAAGAUGUGAUUACUGUAUGUUUCGCUACAAUUACAGUUUAAUGGUUGUAAGACCAGGUGGAUAUUCAGGAUUACUGGAUAAAUACUCUUGUCAUUGACACCAUAAUGUCAUUAGUUAUGCUUGUUGUUUUC